AUGGCAACCAAAUCAUGGAUCGAAUGGAUUCUGUCCCUCCUGCCUCGACCGCCGCGUAGAGACGGUCGUCGUCGUCGUGGCGGCAGACGGUCAGUCUCGCCAAGUGUCACGCGCGGCCAGGGGAAUCGAGUCGGCAGAAUUAUCGAUGGCCGUAUCACAAAGGGCAUUUCACCAUCGUCACCAAAGAGAUCUGGCAGCUCUAGGAAGACUUCUCCGAGAACAUCACCCACCAAGCCAACCCAGGUAGGUCAGCUAAGUCUGUCACCAAAGCGAUCGACGCCAGCAAGCAGUCCAAAGGGCAGUCCAGUGGAGCCACAUACUGGCCACACCUCUGAAAAAGAUCCGGCCCAUGGCUCGCCCGGUGGUAAAUCGAAGCCCAACUCACCUCCUGCUAGUCCAUCAAAGUCUGAUCCUGCAAAGACUGAGGGUCCUGCGUCUAAGUCAGGCUCGCAAGGCAGUGGGCAACCAGAGAGUCCCGCAAAGACUCCUUUGCCAGCACCAGGGACCCCGGCCAUCGAGUGGAAUCGCUUUCCUGAAGAGAUGACCUCACGACGUACCAAAGGAUUGGGCAAUGACGGCAACUUCUGCUAUCGAAACGCAACAUUACAAGCUCUGCUUCAUCUGCCAGGCUUCUACAGAUACAUGAGAGGCAUGCAACACAGUUGUCUCGAGACAUCGAAGAAGGACCUCUGCGUCGCCUGUGCUUUGAAAGCUCUUACCUUCAUAUAUUGGCAUGGGCAAGAUGCAAUAGACUUCACAAGGAGAGGAGAUGACUCGUUAGGGGAUGACGCGUGGGAGGCCGCACUCGAUGGCCCUCAUGCGGCGCUGAAGACUUUCAACAAUGCGUGCGGACGCAAUCUCCCGGAGGCCAAAGAGGUUCGGCGAGAGUUUAUCAAGCUGCAUCAAAGCGAUCCGUACGACUUCCUGCAGUACCUUUUGGAGCACAUUGGUCGCAAAGAAAGUCCUGAGGACAUCAACACUUUCGCGAACAUGUUUGCUAUGCCACUGGAAACAAGCUGGACGUGCGCAGAUUGUGGGGAGACUACCACGACCAAGACAGGUGGUGCUGAAGCCCUCAGUGUUGGUAUACAAGACCCUCGACCAGGCUUGACACUCACGGAGUACGUUGCACACGAGCUAGAAGAUCUUAGACGAGUCAAAUGUGACAACAAAACCUGCCCAGGAACAUCUGCCAAAAGUAAGAUGGACAAAGAGGAGGGUCCUGUACGGCACUGGCAGAAAAGAAUAGUCAGUUCGCCAGAGAUCAUGGUCAUCCGUAUGAUACGGUACGGCUCUUACAUCGACAAGAAGGGACGUUUACAGACGCGGAAGAUCUUCGAUGACGUUGCAUUUGAAGAACUCCUGGACCUGAGCGACUUUGCUGGUGAGGACUGUGUCUACAGGUUGGACGCAGUGGUGGCUCACAGUGGAAAAGACAUUCACAGAGGGCACAUCAUCGCUGCUGUGAGGGACUUCCACGGCGAACAGUUCCACAUCAUCAACGACGAUGCAGUCUUGGGGCCUUCGAAGAGAGGGCGUGGAGAAUUUGCAGAACUGCAGCAUCCAAUCUGUCAGGGCAGUGAGAAGCAGCCGUAUAUGCUGUUCUACAGCAAGCUCAACUAG